AUGGGGAAGGGGUUCUGUGACUUCGUCACACCGCUCUUUGAGAUCACGUACAUGAGGGACCCGCCCCCGUUUUUCUUGGAGGGCCCCUUGGAGCGGGUUGGUGGGUGGAGUGUGUACAGGGAGCCGCCUCUCUGCAGCCGCGGCAGCGAGAAACGGUACAAGUGCACGCACCAGCAUGUUCUACACGCCCGCCUACCGUACAAGCUGUCGACCGUCACGGGGGACCCCGUUCCUAGCAUUGACAUGGAUCCUCAGCUGUUCCUUCGCUACCAACUGAACCCAUACCGGCCGCCGCACUCGUCGUUGCAGUGCAGCCUUGAGGGCUGGGUUUAUCGCAACCAGAGGCCGC